UCGGCCGAGUUGAGGCGGCGGCGCCUGUCGGUGCAGCCCGCACGCGGGCGCCUAGCCCUCACGAUGAUGAAGAAGAAGAAGUUUAAGUUUAAGGUGGACUUCGAGCUGGAGGAGCUCUCCUCCGUGCCCUUCGUCAACGGGGUCCUCUUCUGCAAGAUGCGGCUGCUGGACGGCGGCAGCUUCACCGCGGAGUCCUCCAGGGAGGUGGUGCAAGCAAACUGUGUUCACUGGAGAAAGAAGUUCUCAUUUAUGUGCAAAAUGAGUGCCAGUGCCGCCACGGGCAUCCUUGAUCCUUGUAUCUACAGAGUGUCUGUAAGGAAGGAAUUAAAAGGUGGAAAAGCUUACGCAAAGCUGGGCUUUGCAGAUCUAAACCUGGCAGAGUUUGCUGGAUCAGGAAAUACCACUCGUCGCUGUUUACUGGAAGGCUAUGAUACCAAAAAUACAAGACAGGAUAACUCCAUUCUUAAAGUUUUGAUCAGUAUGCAGCUGAUGUCUGGUGACCCAUGUUUUAAAACGCCUCCUUCUACAUCAAUGUCAAUACCAAUUGCUGGUGAGUCUGAGUUUCUGGAAGAGGACAGAAAAGGUGGAGAGACUCUCAAAGUUCAUCUUGGAAUAGCAGAUCUUUCAGCAAAGAGUGCCUCUGUUCCAGAUGAACUUGGUGCCUGGGGACAUUCUAGAACAUCAAGCUAUGCAAGCCAGCAGUCCAAAGUAUCAGGGUACAGCACGUGCCACUCGCGGUCCUCAAGUUUCUCCGAGUUCUGCCACAGGAGAAACACCUCAGUGGGAAGUACAUCAACGGGAAUUGAAAGCAUUCUAGAGCCGUGUGAUGAAACUGAGCAGAUCACAGCUGAACCAAAGCUUGAUGCAGCCGAUAAAGAAGAAGAAGCUUCUGAAAAACUCAACAGAUGCCCAGUGAAGCAGGAUUCUGUGGAAUCUCAGCUGAAGCGGGUUGACAACACCAGAGUGGAUGCAGACGACAUAGUGGAGAAAAUACUACAGAGUCAAGACUUCAGCCUCGAUUCCAGUGCAGAAGAAGAAGGACUGAGGCUAUUCGUGGGGCCUGGGGGAAGCACAACUUUUGGCAGCCACCAUCUUCCAAAUAGGGUAGGGUCUGGAGCUUAUGAACAAGUUGUGAUCAAACGCUAGAAGUCAAGCCAAUGGACAGAAGCUUUCCUGUGUAUAAAGGUGUGGACAAUGGAGUAUCAAGGUGUUUCAGUCACAUAAGAAAAAAAGAACCUGCUUUCAAAAUGAAGUUCAACUAUCAAGAGGAAAUCAAUGCUGAUUCCUUCUCAAAGCACCCCCCUCCCUCCUCCUCAUCCUUUCCCACCCACUGAGAGGGAGUGUGUGAAUCAAAGGCUAAGGUGUGGCCUGCAUCAGUACCAGGAAUGAAAAGUCUGCUUUUGUUUUCAAAGCACCUGGGAGGAAAGAGCACUGGACACAUCUGAGUGUGAUUUUAGUAUUCCAGUGAAAAAUCUGAGGUAGAGGUGCUCAACAGAUUUAGGCUCUAUGUUUUCUAAAUUUUACAUUUAAGAGAUGGCAAAUGAAGUCAAUUUAAACCCUAUCAAUUAUAUCAAGAUAAUUAUAAUUCUCAUGAAGGAAAACUUCCAUAUCUUACUGCCUGUAGUAUUGUACUAACUUAUUAACUCCAAUAAUUGCAAUAAUUUAUAGGAAGUGUGGGUGUUCAUGUUUUGGAAAAUGUUAUGCUACAACUUAAACAUAUAAAAUGCGUCAUAGUUCUGAAUGUGUCACUCAUAAAUCAGAUGACAAGUGUGUCCAAGUCUUAAGCAGGUGGGUGGAAGUCAUGCUGUUUCUAUGCAGUAUGUAUUGUUACUUGUCAUUCAUUAUUAGAUGAGCUGAAAAAGCCCCACUAGCACUUAGAAGAGAUUCAAGGAAGCUUAACAUUCAGUAUACUAGGAUACCAUAGCCAAUACAUGAGAAGAGCUGUUCACUACUUCAUUGAAUACCCACGUUUGCUGGUUUCAGCAGUCAGAAUUUAGAACAAAAGGAAAACCAUGAGAUAAUAAGUAAAACAGCAUCCUUGCUAAGUCAAGUCAGACAUCGGUGAAACUGAUGCUGAUUCUGACGUGGUGGGUAGAUAUCGGAGCAACUACUUGAUAUUACUGAUGCCGUAAGACUGGUGCUUUUCUAUUUUAGCUCCCUUUGAUCAGAGACUGUCUUUCUCCUUUAUUAUGUCAGAAUUAGUUGUUAGAAGCAAGAGUGGACUGCAACAAUCAUCUAAUGUAGCUUUAAAGAUAUAGCUGGUCUGGAUCCAUUUUAACAGCACGCAAGCCUUAGAUUUUUUUUUUUUUCUGGUCUUACAUGACAGUGUCCAUGUACAAAGAGCUAAACUAACUUUCACUGAAGGAAAACAUAAGAUUUCAUAGAACCAAUGAUGCCCCAAUCCUUACUUUCAGAAUUAUGUCCAAAAAAGAUAACAAAUCAGAAUGGAAUUACUUUGGCUAAGGUAUUUUUAUGUUCACAGAAUAAGGGGGUGAGUUGUAUAAUUUGAAUAUCCAGAUUUGGAAGUUUGGAAAAUUGGAAUUGUUUGUUAGACUUCUUAUUUUAUUAUCUCAAGAAUUAAGUAGUCUACAUUAAUCUAAAACUAUUUUGAAAUAGAUUCUGAAAUUUUUAAAGGAUAAUGCCCUGUUUUAAAAUAUUUUGAAUAUUAGAGAAAGGAUUUUCUGAGUUAUAAUGUUAAGAUAUAUUUUUUAAAAAAACACAUUGACCUGAACAUUUAACCAAGAAAAAUGUUAUCUAAAUAGGUAAAGACAUGAUAUGCUGUCUGUCUUCAAGUGAACUGAUCCAUGCAUUGUAUGUUAUAGAGAGAUCAAAGAAAGUUUUAACUAGAGAGAUGAAGAUAUUAUUUAGAAAUGUUUAUUCUGACAUUUUUUAGAAGCAUAUUUUUCUAUUUUCAAAACAUUAUUUCUAGGCUAUAUUUUUAUCAGUACUUCUGCAAAUGAUUUAGAAUUUAAAGAUGGUAACACUAGAUUGCUAGCAUGUUCAAUGAGGCCACUCCUCAGCCACAUACGAGGUGCUGCAAUCAGGGCAGAGCCACUGUCUUACUUAGCCCUGGCUGCCCUCGGCCCUGUUUCUUCAUACAAGAUUAGGUCUUGGUAUUUAAAAUGGUACAGAAUUCUUUAAGAAAAAAUGGGUGGGGCUGGGAAUACAGCUCAGUUGGUAGAGUGCUUGCCUAGCUAGGUUGUUCCCUAGCCCUGCGUAAACUGGACAUUGUAAUACAUGCCUAUAAUCUCAGCGCUUGGACAGUGGAGGCAGGAGGAUCAAAAACUUAAGGUCAUCCUCAGCUUCAUAGGAUGCUGGGUGCCAACCUGGGCUACAUGAGACCCUGUCUCAAAAAAAAAUGUGAAGCAAUUUAGAAAAGUGUAAAAAUCAUGCCUUUUUUAUUUUAGCAGCCACCAAAUAUAUCUUGAUUUAUAUAUUAGUAAAAAUGAAAUAUAAUUUAAUAAGUAGAAACAUUUAGGAAGGGGAAAAAAUAGCUGUGUCUCUAUAAUUAGCAAAUGUCUGGAUUUUUAUUCCUUAAUAUUUCAUGGACAUAUUUUGCAUUCAUGUUUCAAUAUAGUUUAAAGGCCUGCCUCAAUGUCUGCCUUACUUCCUAGUCUUUACUUUCCAUAGAGCAUGUAUUGUCAGUCUCUUAAACACAUGGCUAUUUUUUUUAAAACUGCUUAUUAAUUACCAAGGCCACUUUUGAUUCUGUUUUGAGUUUAGAAAACUAUGGAUUUAGAAAAGUAUAUUCUUAGCAAAUUGAUUGUUUUAAUGUUAAAGAUAAAUUUCAAAUGGCCCAGUCUUGAAGACUUUUUUAGAUAUGGGAUUUUUUUCCCACUUCUUUCCUAGAGAAAAGGACAAAUGGCAGUUUAAUAGCUAGUAUGUGUGACAAGAAAGAAGCAUCUUAAUUACCUCAAAGUUCAGAAUGACUAGCUGGUCAGGAAAGCUCAUCCUGUGACAAGCUGAUGACAAGGUUGUAAAUGGUAGUAAAAGACAGAGAAGGCCCUGGGUCAUCAGGUUACACUUAGUGUUGGCUCCCCUGUGUUGUGGUAUUGAAGCCUUCUGUAUAGAAAUAAUAAAGAUGAACACUUUCUUAAGAAAAAGUCUUGACCAAGAACGCUAAACUCCACUGUCUCAUUCCAACAUAAAACCACAAUAAUAAUAUCCAAACUAGAUUCUUCUGUGUAUGUUUUUGCGUUUUGGGUUUUUUUGUUGUUGUUGUUGUUGCUGUUGUUGUUUGUACAAAGCUGUGAGCCACAGGGUUUGACCAUUUAGCCCCUUUGUU